AUGAAGGCCUCCCCCCUGGCCGUUGCAGGCGUCGUCCUCGCCUCAACAGCCCAAGCCCAAGUCGUCCAGUUCGACAUUGAGAGGCGUCACGCACCGAGUCUUCGCAAACGAGACGCGACCAUCGAUGGCACUCUGUUCAACGAAAAGGUCCAGGGCGGAUACUUUAUCAACGUCGAGGUUGGAACCCCUGGCCAGAACAUCACGCUGCAGCUCGACACAGGCAGUAGUGAUGUCUGGGUCCCUGCUUCGACGGCUCCCAUCUGCACUCAAACUUCAGAUAGAAACCCCGGCUGCACUUUUGGAAGCUACAACUCCGAUGAUUCCAGCAGCUUUGAGGUUGUUGGAGAAAACCUCUUCGACAUCACCUAUGUCGAUGGCUCCUCGUCCAAAGGCGACUACAUUCAAGACACCUUCCGCAUCAACGGCAUGGACAUCCAGAACCUCACCAUGGGACUUGGCCUGGACACGUCUAUCGCCAACGGCCUGGUGGGAGUGGGAUACAUCAACGAUGAGGCAUCACUCGGCACAACCCGAUCUACCUACCCGAACCUCCCCGUUGUCUUGCAGCAGCAGAAGUUCAUCAACACAGUAGCCUUUAGCCUGUGGCUCAACGACCUGGAUGCCAGCACGGGCUCCAUCCUAUUCGGCGGCAUCGACACCGAAAAGUAUCACGGCGAAUUGACCAGGAUCAACAUCAUUUCCCCCGACGGCGGCAAGACCUUCACCGAGUUCGCCGUCAACCUGUACUCGGUCGAGGCUUCAAGCGCCAGUGGCACCGACACCCUCAGCACAAGUCAGCAGACUCUGACAGCUGUUCUGGAUUCGGGAACCACUCUAACCUAUCUGCCGCAAGACAUGGCUGAGCAGGCGUGGAACGAGGUUGGAGCUACUUUCAGCGGCGAGCUCGGCAUUGCUGUUGUUCCUUGCUCUGUCGGAAACAUCAACGGCCACUUCGCCUUUACCUUUGCCGGAGCCGAUGGCCCUACAAUCAACGUCACCUUGUCGGAGCUCGUCCUCGACCUCUUCAGCGGCGGCCCCCCUCCUCAGUUCUCGUCUGGUCCCAACAAGGGCCAGUCCAUCUGCGAGUUUGGCAUCCAGAACACCACCGACGCUCCUUACCUGCUUGGCGACACGUUCCUCCGAUCUGCAUUCGUUGCCUAUGACCUGGUCAACAACGAGAUUGGAAUUGCUCCGACCAACUUCAACUCUACCCAGACCAACGUUGUGGCCUUUGCCAGCAGCGGUGCUCCUAUCCCAUCCUCCACCAGCGCUCCAAACCAGAGCAACACUGGCCACUCGUCAUCGACGCAGUCUGGUAUGUCUGCUGAGAGUGGCUUCCAAAAUGGCGACGACGACAACGCUGCUUCCUUGACCGGUGCCUUUUCCGGCCCUGGAAUGAUUGUUGUCGGUUUGACCAUCUGCUACACUCUUCUUGGAAGUGCCGUGUUCGGCGUUGGGUGGCUGUAA